CCUAAAUAUCUUCAGUCAUGGUCAAUACAUGAAGUAUUUAAUUAUAGACUUUAAACUGAAACUAAGAGAAAAUAUUAUAACUGCAACUUAGGAAAAGUGUUUAUCAAAGCAAACAAUACCAGGAAUUGGGUCUAUAAGCAUGACUUUUGGUCAACGUGAUGACAGGAGAGCGGGAAGACAAUCGCCGCCUUGUAUCUUGUCUGGAGAGAGUCAAGAAGGAAUUUAGCCGGGAAAAUUUUCUAUUAGAAUAUGAAAACCCCGUUGAUUUUGUACAGUUACAGUAUGGUCCCUCUGUGUUGUUCAUCGCUUGGUCCGUGUGUUGGGCGAUUCUACAUGUACUCGGACUCGGCCUCCAGCCGUACUUCAACAAGAAUUAUGACCUUGACCUGAAGUGGUUCUCCUACCUUACAUACUGGGGGUACACCACCUUGUGUGUGUUCACAUUGUGUGACAGUGUGGCAACCGUCUAUGUUCACAUUCGGCGACAAGAUAUCAUCCAAGGAGAAUGCAAAGCAAUGCCGUGGUACUUGAAGGCAGUUUGGGUGCAGUUUAAUGUGAACACCCCGGUAGCACUGGUGAUAACCAUUCUGUUUUACUUAUUCAUCCCAAAUGAUACCAGUCCCAACAGUAUACUUGUUCACGCCAUGAACACUGUAUACGUCAGUGCAAACGUCAUCGUCUGUGCCAAACCUCUACGCAUGCUCCAUGUUUAUCAUCCAUUUCUGUAUGGCACAGUAUAUGUGAUUUUUUCUGUAAUAUACCAGAAAACCACAGGUCGUGUGGUUUAUACCCAGCUGGACUGGGACAACAUGCCACAGACAGCAUUAUUUAUGCUUGGAAUUUUGCUGCUAAUUCUCCCCUUUCUAUACUUCAUGUGUUUGCUUGUCACGAGGUUAAGGACUUUGUUACACACAAAGCUUUGUAAAAUGAAAACUGCGUCCGUUUCUCCAUCGGAAUCACCAGACUGUCCAAAUGAAAGCAAUAAAGGAAUCGUGCGAGAAGAAAUAUAUAGCAACCAUGUUCAUAAAAAUAAGGAA